AUGGGAGAUUGUGUAACAGCAGAUGAUGCAAGAGCAGAUGAUGCAAGAGCAGAUGAUGCAAGAGCAGAUGAUGCAAGAGCAGAUGAUGCAAGAGCAGAUGAUGCAAGAGCAGAUGAUGCAAGAGCAGAUGAUGCAAGAGCAGAUGAUGCAAGAGCAGAUGAUGCAAGAGCAGAUGAUGCAAGAGCAGAUGAUGCAAGAGCAGAUGAUGCAACAGCAGAUGAUGCAAGAGCAGAUGAUGCAAGAGCAGAUGAUGCAAGAGCAGAUGAUGCAAGAGCAGAUGAUGCAAGAGCAGAUGAUGCAAGAGCAGAUGAUGCAAGAGCAGAUGAUGCAAGAGCAGAUGAUGCAAGAGCAGAUGAUGCAAGAGAAGAUGAUGCAACAGCAGAUGAUGCAACAGCAGAUGAUGCAAGAGCAGAUGAUGCAAGAGCAGAUGAUGCAACAGCAGAUGAUGCAACAGCAGAUGAUGCAAGAGCAGAUGAUGCAACAGCAGAUGAUGCAAGAGCAGAUGAUGCAAGAGCAGAUGAUGCAAGAGCAGAUGAUGCAAGAGCAGAUGAUGCAAGAGCAGAUGAUGCAAGAGCAGAUGAUGCAAGAGCAGAUGAUGCAAGAGCAGAUGAUGCAAGAGCAGAUGAUGCAAGAGCAGAUGAUGCAACAGCAGAUGAUGCAACAGCAGAUGAUGCAAGAGCAGAUGAUGCAAGAGCAGAUGAUGCAAGAGCAGAUGAUGCAAGAGCAGAUGAUGCAAGAGCAGAUGAUGCAAGAGCAGAUGAUGCAAGAGCAGAUGAUGCAAGAGCAGAUGAUGCAACAGCAGAUGAUGCAACAGCAGAUGAUGCAAGACCAGAUGAUGCAACAGCAGAUGAUGCAAGAGCAGAUGAUGCAAGAGCAGAUGAUGCAAGAGCAGAUGAUGCAAGAGCAGAUGAUGCAACAGCAGAUGAUGCAACAGCAGAUGAUGCAAGAGCAGAUGAUGCAACAGCAGAUGAUGCAACAGCAGAUGAUGCAAGAGCAGAUGAUGCAACAGCAGAUGAUGCAAGAGCAGAUGAUGCAAGAGCAGAUGAUGCAAGAGCAGAUGAUGCAAGAGCAGAUGAUGCAAGAGCAGAUGAUGCAAGAGCAGAUGAUGCAAGAGCAGAUGAUGCAAGAGCAGAUGAUGCAAGAGCAGAUGAUGCAAGAGCAGAUGAUGCAACAGCAGAUGAUGCAAAAGCAGAUGAUGCAAGAGCAGAUGAUGCAACAGCAGAUGAUGCAAGAGCAGAUGAUGCAAGAGCAGAUGAUGCAAGAGCAGAUGAUGCAAGAGCAGAUGAUGCAAGAGCAGAUGAUGCAAGAGCAGAUGAUGCAAGAGCAGAUGAUGCAACAGCAGAUGAUGCAACAGCAGAUGAUGCAAGAGCAGAUGAUGCAACAGCAGAUGAUGCAAGAGCAGAUGAUGCAAGAGCAGAUGAUGCAAGAGCAGAUGAUGCAAGAGCAGAUGAUGCAAGAGCAGAUGAUGCAAGAGCAGAUGAUGCAAGAGCAGAUGAUGCAAGAGCAGAUGAUGCAAGAGCAGAUGAUGCAACAGCAGAUGAUGCAACAGCAGAUGAUGCAAGAGCAGAUGAUGCAACAGCAGAUGAUGCAACAGCAGAUGAUGCAAGAGCAGAUGAUGCAACAGCAGAUGAUGCAACAGCAGAUGAUGCAAGAGCAGAUGAUGCAAGAGCAGAUGAUGCAAGAGCAGAUGAUGCAAGAGCAGAUGAUGCAAGAGCAGAUGAUGCAAGAGCAGAUGAUGCAAGAGCAGAUGAUGCAACAGCAGAUGAUGCAAGAGCAGAUGAUGCAAGAGCAGAUGAUGCAACAGCAGAUGAUGCAACAGCAGAUGAUGCAAGAGAUGAUGAUGCAAGAGCAGAUGAUGCAAGAGCAGAUGAUGCAAGAGCAGAUGAUGCAAGAGCAGAUGAUGCAAGAGCAGAUGUUGCAACAGCAGAUGAUGCAACAGCAGAUGAUGCAAGAGCAGAUGAUGCAAGAGCAGAUGAUGCAACAGCAGAUGAUGCAACAGCAGAUGAUGCAAGAGCAGAUGAUGCAAGAGCAGAUGAAGCAACAGCAGAUGAUGCAAGAUUAGAUGAUGCAAGAGCAGAUGAUGCAAGAGCAGAUGAUGCAAGAGCAGAUGAUGCAAGAGCAGAUGAUGCAAGAGCAGAUGAUGCAAGAGCAGAUGAUGCAAGAGCAGAUGAUGCAAGAGCAGAUGAUGCAACAGCAGAUGAUGCAACAGCAGAUGAUGCAACAGCAGAUGAUGCAAGAGCAGAUGAUGCAAGAGCAGAUGAUGCAAGAGUAGAUGAUGCAAGAGCAGAUGAUGCAACAGUAGAUGAUGCAACAGCAGAUGAUGCAAGACCAGAUGAUGCAAGAGCAGAUGAUGCAAGAGCAGAUGAUGCAAGAGCAGAUGAUGCAAGAGCAGAUGAUGCAAGAGCAGAUGAUGCAACAGCAGAUGAUGCAACAGCAGAUGAUGCAAGAGCAGAUGAUGCAAGAGCAGAUGAUGCAACAGCAGAUGAUGCAACAGCAGAUGAUGCAACAGCAGAUGAUGCAAGAGCAGAUGAUGCAAGAGCAGAUGAUGCAAGAGCAGAUGAUGCAAGAGCAGAUGAUGCAAGAGCAGAUGAUGCAAGAGCAGAUGAUGCAAGAGCAGAUGAUGCAAGAGCAGAUGAUGCAACAGCAGAUGAUGCAACAGCAGAUGAUGCAAGAGCAGAUGAUGCAACAGCAGAUGAUGCAACAGCAGAUGAUGCAAGAGCAGAUGAUGCAAGAGCAGAUGAUGCAAGAGCAGAUGAUGCAAGAGCAGAUGAUGCAAGAGCAGAUGAUGCAACAGCAGAUGAUGCAACAGCAGAUGAUGCAAGAGCAGAUGAUGCAACAGCAGAUGAUGCAACAGCAGAUGAUGCAAGAGCAGAUGAUGCAAGAGCAGAUGAUGCAAGAGCAGAUGAUGCAAGAGCAGAUGAUGCAAGAGCAGAUGAUGCAAGAGCAGAUGAUGCAAGAGCAGAUGAUGCAAGAGCAGAUGAUGCAAGAGCAGAUGAUGCAACAGCAGAUGAUGCAACAGCAGAUGAUGCAAGAGCAGAUGAUGCAACAGCAGAUGAUGCAAGAGCAGAUGAUGCAAGAGCAGAUGAUGCAAGAGCAGAUGAUGCAAGAGCAGAUGAUGCAAGAGCAGAUGAUGCAAGAGCAGAUGAUGCAAGAGCAGAUGAUGCAAGAGCAGAUGAUGCAAGAGCAGAUGAUGCAACAGCAGAUGAUGCAAGAGCAGAUGAUGCAAGAGCAGAUGAUGCAAGAGCAGAUGAUGCAACAGCAGAUGAUGCAACAGCAGAUGAUGCAACAGCAGAUGAUGCAACAGCAGAUGAUGCAAGAGCAGAUGAUGCAAGAGCAGAUGAUGCAAGAGCAGAUGAUGCAAGAGCAGAUGAUGCAAGAGCAGAUGAUGCAAGAGCAGAUGAUGCAAGAGCAGAUGAUGCAACAGCAGAUGAUGCAAGAGCAUAUGAUGCAAGAGCAGAUGAUGCAAGAGCAGAUGAUGCAAGAGCAGAUGAUGCAACAGCAGAUGAUGCAACAGCAGAUUGCGUCCGAGUUUCGAGCCUUGUAUCCCAUGCAAGGCGUUCAUCUGCUCAGCUCAGAUACCACCAUGAGCCUUUGCAGCGCCUCUAA